AUGGGAUGUAAUAACAGCCUACGGGCCCUGGCCUCGUGGAGCCGGACGCCGACCGUUGCCAGUCUCCCAUACGUUCAAAGCUGUCAGCGACCAACGAGAAACUUUGCAACCGAAGCAGGGAUUGUCAAUCGAGUCAGUGGCUCGGCAUUCAUCACGCCAGAUCUCUACAACCCGAAGCCGAACCCUCUUGCAACGGCUACCCGAGCCCAGGGUCCGGCAUACUGGCGGCAAAUAGGAGUAUGGAAGGAUGUCACGGAAGAACAGUUCCUCAGCUACCGGUGGCAGGCAAACAAGCUCCUCAGAUUUCUCGAACAUGUGCUGCCGGAACAUAUCCCACAUCCGCGAACAUCGGCAUGGGCGAAGAUCAAGACACGAGAUGACUUCCUCACGGAUGUCGAAGCAGGCAUGAAAGCAGCGCCAAUGUCCGUUCGCCUGACGCCACACAUGCUCAGCGUAGCCAACUGGAACGAUCCACUCUCAGAUCCAAUCCGACGACAAUUCAUACCUCUCGGAUCCACGAUCACUCCAGACCAUCCUGCACUCACCCUAGAUUCGCUCCACGAAACGGAUGAUUCCCCGGUGCCAGGCCUCGUCCAUCGGUAUCCCGAUAAGGUCCUAUUUCUAGCAACCUCCGUCUGUCCCGUCUACUGCCGCUUCUGCACCCGCUCCUACGCCGUCGGCAACAACACCGAAUCCGUCACCAAAGCCUCCCAAAAACCGGGCAGAAAACGCUGGGAGACCAUGUUCGAAUACAUAGAAAGGAACCCCGCAGUUCAAGACGUCGUCGUCUCCGGCGGCGACUCAUAUUACCUUCAACCCGCCCAACUCCGUCUCGUCGGCGAACGUCUCCUCUCCGUCCCCCACGUGCAAAGGAUCCGGUUCGCGACCAAGGGGCUAGGAGUAUGUCCGAUGCGAAUUCUAGACGGAGGGGACGAAUGGUCGGAUGCGUUUGUGGAAUUAUCGAAUCAGGGGAGAGCGAUGGGCAAGCAAGUGGCCAUGCACACGCAUAUCAAUCAUCCGAGGGAAAUCACGUGGGUGACGGAGAAGGCUGCACGGGCGCUGUUUCAGAAAGGCGUGAUGGUGAGGAAUCAGAGUGUUUUGUUGAAAGGUGUCAAUGAUGAUGUGGCCACCAUGUCGACUUUGAUUCGAAAACUCGCGGAUUUGAACGUUCAGCCGUAUUACGUGUAUCAAUCGGACAUGGUUCGGGGGGUUGAGGAUUUGCGGACGCCGUUGAGCAAGAUUUUGGAGUUGGAGAGGAAGAUUCGCGGCACGAUUGCUGGGUUUAUGAUGCCGCAGUUUGUGGUUGAUUUGCCGGGUGGUGGGGGCAAGAGGUUGGCGAAUUCUUUUGAGAAGUAUGAUGAGGAGAGUGGAGUGAGUACGUGGAAGGCGCCCGGAGUUGCUGGAGAUGAGGUCUUUACCUAUCAUGAUCCUGUGUCGGCCAAGGAUGAUUCUUGA